GCUGGCUGCAAGGAAAGAGAAAACCUGAGGAGGAAGAGGAGAAUUCACCCAACUUUGUGACAUGUUGCAUCAGGAAAUGAAGGGGAACCAAAUGCAGUGAAUGUGGGAAAAGAAAAGGAUAUGGAAGAAGAAGAGAAUCAAAGCAGGCCAGGUAACCAGAAACAGAACAAGAAAUCAUCUACCUUUCAAGGCAAGGAUCUCCAGGCAGUCCUAUUUGAAGAAAAAAUAAAGAAAGGAAAAGGAAGGAAUAAGAAAAGGAAAAGUUCUGGCUGCAAGUUUAGUGUUAAGAGAAACCAGGGAAUUUACACUGAGGAGAACCUGUACAAAUGCUUUCAGUGUGGGAAGAGCUUCACACGCAGCACAAGCAUUACUCGUCACCAAAGGAGUCACACAGGGGAGAAACCAUAUGAAUGCUUGGAGUGUGGGAAAAGCUUCACACAGAGCACACACCUUACUCGUCAUCAAAUGAUACAUAUAGGAGAGAAACCAUAUGAAUGCUUGGAGUGUAGGAAGAGCUUCACACAGAGCACACACCUUACUCGUCACCAAAGGAGUCACACAGGAGAGAAACUAUAUGAAUGCUUGGAGUGUAGGAAGAGCUUUACACAGAGCACACACCUUACUCGUCACCAAAGGAGUCACACAGGAGAGAAACCAUAUGAAUGCUUGGAGUGUGGGAAAAGCUUCAGAUGCAACAUGAACCUUACUCGUCACCAAAGGAGUCACACAGGAGAGAAACCAUAUGAAUGCUUGGAGUGUGGGAAAAGCUUCACACGCAGGGCAAAUCUUACUUGUCACCAAAAGUGUCACUCUGGGGAGAAACUGUUUAAAUGCUUGGAGACUGGAGUUUCACUUACAAGUCAAGCAUUAUCCCACACCAAAAGAUUGACAUGGGAGAAAACUUACCAGUGCUCAGAGUCUGAAAAGAGGUUUAGUUGGAGAUCAGACCUUGUGCCCCUUAAGAGAAUCCACACUGGAGAGAAACCAUAUAAAUGUUUGCUGUGUAGGAAGUGCUUCAGUGAAAAAAGAAGACUUACUUCACACCAAAGACUCCACUUAAUAAAUUAAUCCGAUUCUCACACAAGUUGCAUCUGUUAUCCUUUCUGACAUUACAGUGUCAUAAAACUCAUAUAGGUGUUCUGUUUAGAUAUCUGGGGAAGUACAUAAUAUUACAGUAGAAACAGGAAGAUGAAAAGUGAUAAUAGGCAGCAAAAAAGUGUCAAGUAGCUUCUCUGAGUUAAAUUGUAAGAAGUGAUACUAUGUGAUGCUUUCUAGAAAUACCUUUUUUUUUAGAUCAUAGCUACAUUAAGCUAAUUAAAGUAUGUUAGUGGUUAGAGAGCCAGCAGAGUGUAGUAGUUGGAGGGCUAGGAUAGAAUCUGGGAUACCCAGGUUCAGCUCCCCACUCUGCCAUAGAAGCUUACUGGGUGACUUAGGACUAGUCACACACCCUCAGUCUAACUUACCUUAUGGGGUGAUGUGAGUAGCUUUCAGUCCCCAUUGGGGAGAACUGGGAUAGAAAUGGAGUAAAUAAAUAAAUUGAUUUCAUUUAUGGUUGCCAAACUGGCAGCAUCAGUGAUGGAACUGGAACAUGUACUUAGCAAUGAAUAUUGGCUGGGACAAGUCUGGUUAUUUAAUACUAACGAAUAUAUGAACCGUUCAUAGUAGUAAUAUUCAGGAGCUUGAGAACCACAUGUUUUUCUGAUAUUUCACAUGCAGUUCUGAGCACUAUUCCCCAGUGCACUAUUCCUGGAUCUAUCUGCAGCCUUUGACACAGUAGAUCAUGCCAUCCUGUUGAGGCAUUUAGAAACAGAAGUGGGCAUCAAAGGAUGUGCCCUGGACUCGCUUAAAUCGUUUCUCAUGGAAUGGACUGAAAGGGUGGCCAUUGGAAAUCUGCUAUCUCCAGAAUGGGAACUAUUUUGCAGGGUUCCGCAGAGCGUAAUCUUAUGUUAUUCAACCGCUACAUAAAGCCUUUAGGAGAACUCAUUCACAGCUAGGAAGUUGGGUGUCACCAAUAUACAGAUGACACCCAACUCUAUAUCUCGUUAUCUAGGAUGCAAUAGAAAUCUUGGAUUGCUGCCUGACAGCCAUGGUGUAUUGUAGGGAGGGGGUCUCAAAUGCUUCACUAGUGAGUUAGGGACUGUAGACUUCAGCACUAUGUUGCCUUGCAUAUUAUCUGUUGCUUUAAAUAUGUACUCCUAUGCACUACCUGUGCUUUAUGUUUGCUUUAUGUUGUCUGAUGUCAAUCCUAGAAGGGAUUAUGUUCUGUUUCAGUAUUUUCUUCUAUUUUGUAUUGAAUUCUUCUAAUGCUGUGUCUUUUGAACUUGUAUCUAUUUACCCUAUGGCAUUGUUUAUGGAAAUGUCCUUGAUACCGUAUGGGAAUGUACUUGAUACGGAUUGUACUAAUCUCAUACUCUGUAAUCUGUCUUUCAGCCUCAGUGAGAAAGGUGCGCUAUAAGUGACAUAAAUAAGUAAAAUAAAUACUUACAAGAAAAUAGGCAAGACUCUUGCUCUGUGGGGCUGGCAGUUGGCAUGUAGCUCCCACCUUGAAACAGCCAUUGCUGGAGGAAUGUGUAAGCUAGGAGCCUCCCUGAGGUGCAAACCUCAUACCUAAUAAGGGUGAAAUGUGGGGAUGGGAGGAAGUUCAGUGAAGACGUUUGUAUAGUGGCAGAGCGGGGAUUCAAACCUGGGCCUCCCAGUUCCUAGUCUAACACUUGAUCACUACAUCAUAGGGCCAUCUUGUAAAAAGCUACUCGGAUGUUUUUGUAAAGGAUCAAGGACUGUACACUAUACUACUCAGUACUUUAUAUCAAUGUAGAUAUUCUCCUAAUGGUAAGUUUCUGCAUUGUUAAUGUGUCAUGUUUAAUUAUGCUGUUUCAACUAUCAUCUCUGUAUUUUUGAUUUGUUUUAAAAUUUCUGUCAUGCAUACCCUAAUGGAUUUGUUCAUUGAAUGUCCUAUCUAUUUCUUGUAUUGACUUGCACUGUAUAAUCCACCUCAGUGAGAAAGACAAGUGAUAAAUAAAU